CGAAAACGCUGAAUAAUUCUAACUUGGCUGCCAUUGCUCGAACAUCCUCUCCACCAUCUUGGAUCCACAUUACUAAUGGUCAAGAUGCUGAAUUUCUAGGGGCGUUCUGCUGAGCUUUAUUUAAAGGAUUGGGCAACUUGAACCCUCGAACUCGGCCUUUCGACAGCCGUAUCACCACCAACACCAUCCCAUCUCGCCUUACCUUACCAUACCCAUCCUGCCCCACUAACUAUCUCAUCAUUCUCAUAUCAUCCCCGCAGUACACCUCCCAAUCAUGACCACCACCGGCGAGUUCCGCUACCUGGACCCUGCCUCCAUCUCGGCCGGCAUCAAGCCCUGGUCAAAGGUCGACGGCGCCUAUACUUCCUUCACGCUCACUCCGCGCCGGCGCAGCGUCACCAACCUCCGCGACCACCUCACGCCCGACGCCCGGCCGGGCACCUUCGGUAGCGACAUCGACGUAUCCGGCUUCGCAGCCUACCACUUCCCAGCCGCCGAGAAGUCCUUCACCGACGACUCGGCGGUCCGCACAGGCUACUACGAGGAAGUUAAAACCCUGCUGCGUUCCAAACUGACGGGUAAGAUCUCGCAUAUUGAGAUCUUCGACCACACCAUCCGCCGCCACGACCCCACCUCCCCGCGCCAACCCGUCCAGCAAGUGCACGUUGACCAGACCCCGGCGGCAGCCGAGAACCGCGUGCGCCGGCACGUCAAGCUGCCCCCGGCCGAGCUCGACGCCCUGCUCAAGCGGCGCUACCAAAUCAUCAACGUCUGGCGCCCCAUCGGCCACCCGGCAACCGACUUCCCGCUCGCGGUCAUCGACUGGCGCACCACCAAGCCAAGCGACCUCGUCCCCGUCGACCUCCUCUACCCGAUUCACCACCGCGCAGCCGGGGACGACGAUGACGACGACCGCGGCAAGGAGACACUGCCGGACAUGACCAAGGCAGCCAGCACCGAGGGGUAUGAGGUGAAAGGCGAGACGUACGGGGUGUUGCCCAGCGAGGCGCACAAGUUUUACUAUGUCAAGGACAUGACGCCCGACGAGGCGCUGCUGCUCAAGUGCUUCGAUAGCUGGGGCGAGGGCAAGCCUGGCGGAAGGAAGGGGUUUGCUGGGUGGACGCCGCAUACGGCGUUCGUGGAUCCGGCGACGCCUGAGGGAACCAAGGGGAGGGAGAGUAUUGAGGUGAGGUGUUUGGUGUUUUACGAUGAGUAGAGGUAUUAAGGGAGUGUGGGUAGGGCUGGCAAGGCGACGAUUGAUGUUUACGAGAGAUGUGGGAUCAAGUGCUUACAGCAUUGUGUUUGCAUAGACUACCUUAGUAAUGCUGAAAUAUUAUUG